AUGUCGCUCGAGAAUUUCCCACGUGUGUACAGCUUCAUUGCGAAUUUGUGCGCCUCGAAUAAAGAAUUGCAUAGUCUAUUCGCCCAAUUCGAGAAUGCGCUCAAGGAGAAGGCGGAUCUUGGCGAAGCAAGAACAAAGCUGCAGAAGGACAUGCAAAAUUUGCGCAUCGAUCUGAUGCUGGUGCGUCAAGCGGCCGUCCAGAUGCAGGAGGAACGCAAACAGUUCAACAGAUUUGCCAGCAUUUUAGAUGCCUCCUACGAGCAUCUACUCGAAAUGGGCAACCUGCUCAACGAUGAUAAAAUUAAGAAUAUGAUGCGCUUCGCCGGCUUAUGCAAACAGAACGAGGCGGAGGUGAAGCUGCAAAACAUGGAGCAGCUGCAAAAGUUCAACCGGGAGUGCAAGGUGGCCAUGGAGAAUCGUGCAAUUGUUAAGGAUUUUCGUAAAUGGCAGCGUUUGGUCCAGGAAGCGGAAGAGGAACAUGCGAGCAUUCAACGGGAAUUCGCGCAAAUGGAUCGCCAGAGGAGCAUCAAGAUUAAGCGUGCCACACAGCAGCGCAACAAGAAGAUUGUCUCCUUGGUGCAGCUACGCAAGCAAAUUGCCGAGCUUGAAACGCCCGUGCAUGAAGUCAGCAAGAAAGCCGGAUCUAUGCGCGGCAAAAAGGCGCCGCUAAUCCUGCAGUCGGCAUUGGAUUUUCUCAGCAACUAUCCUGAGGAGCGCCGGGCCAAAGAGCAGGACAUGGACGUGUCAGCGGCGCCACCAUUGCGCUCCAUCUUGGUGGUAAAUCGCAGGCAGGAGGAGACGGAACGCAUACCUAGCCCCACCAAGCAAGUGCAUUUUGCACCGCUGCCAUCGCCAGUUCAUGGAGACGACAUGGCCGAAAUGAUGAACGAUGCCGAAUUCGACAUGAUUGAACCAUGCUCAGAGUCAUCGGAGAUGGACUCAGAAAAUAUGCCCAACACGGAGGAUUUUCCGGAACGCGCGAUUGUCCAGAAAGUCGAAGUGCUGCCGCGUCUGCAAUUUUCUGAUCGCAAUAUGAGCCUGAGCUUUAAGAACCUCUUCCCAUCGCAUAGCACCAAGCCAGCACAAGAUUCUGCUGUCGACCAAAAGACAGAAUAUGAACACGGCGACAAUCAACUGACAUCCACAAUGUUGGAAAAUGACGACAGUUCCGAUAUAAACGACUCCAAUUCUUUAGACUUUUCGAAUAUCAACUGCGACGUAAACGACGAUUUCUUUUUGAAUUUUAGUGACGGAAAUGAUUCGCAACCGGCAACAAAUCGCCUUGCCUAUGAGCUCUAA